AUGAAUGAGAUCACAUCACCAGUAUCUAUCAAAGUAGUUCUAACCUGUCUUUUGUGGUACACGGUGUCAUCCAUCACUUCGCAACUAACGAAGCUUAUAUUAGUUAAAUUCACUUACCCAUUGUUCCUAUCUCAAUGUCAAUUUGUUUUAGGUGCAACUUUGGCGUUUUCUGUCCUUGUUAUAUCAAAAUAUUUCCCUUCUUUUGCAAACCAGUUCCCUCCCGGUAGUCUUCCCGAAUCUGGCCAACAGUCAAUUCCUAUUAUAUCGUUACGGGUACUUUUGAAGAUUUUCCCGCUUGGUUUAUUCCAGUUUACGGGUAAAUUCUUUUCGCUUAGUGCCACCUCCUUGAUUCCAUUGCCUACAAUCUCAAGCAUCAAAGCAUUGAGUCCCUUGCUAAUUGUUAUUGGAUACCGAACUAUAUAUCGAGUGGAGUUUCCAGUAGUCACCUACUUCUCUUUGGCGCCUUUAUUAUUUGGAGUUAUAUUGAUCAUUAUAUCUGAUUCAGUGAGAAACAACAAUCCUGCUAGUUUAACACAGUUAUUAGACAGUAACGAGCAAAAGCAUAAUGACGAAUUAGACGCUAAGCAAGUAAAGGGGAUUGCCUUGUGCCUCUUGAGCACAGUUGUGUUUGCAGCGCAGAACAUUUACGGGAAACAAUUAAUUACAUGGGGCAAUGAUGGUCAGCCACGUAACCCUGUGUCUUUGGUCUUGAAUACAAAUCCCGUGCCACCAUCAACCCCAGUAUCUGCUUUCAACGUUGAAAAACUGCCACAGCUAUUGUUUUCAAACACCAAGAGUAAUUUGAACAAUGCAAAUACAAUGAGUAAAUUUCUUUAUGCGAGACAAAGAAAUAACUCAAUAAAACUACCGUAUUCAACGUCGGAUUUGACCUUAGAUGAGAUGAAGGAGAGUUUUCAUUUGGCGCUGGCGCCAUCGCCAUCAACACAACAACAACAACAAAAUCUAUCACCAAGUUACGCCGCUACUGUUUCCCAAAACAACACCAAUAUUUACAACCCCUUUGCAUAUUUUAUCUACAAAUUUGAGCUCGACAAAAUUGCCAAACCUGACAAAAUGACAAUUGUCUUUUACUGUUCCUUAAUUGGAUCCUUUUUUUCGAUUGGAGGUUUCGUUAUGAACGAAUUACCCAAGAUGUACUUACAAUUCAAUACAGACCUUAGUUUAAACCAACCAGUCAGCAGCACAUCUUCUUCAUAUGGAUUGGUAACAAUAUUGAUGCUUAUACUACUAAACAGCUUGUCACAUUUUUUACAAACGCUUUUAGCAUUUCAUCUUUUGGGAUCUAUGCCAGCAUUAUCUUAUUCCAUCGCAUCAGUAUUGAAAAGAAUUGUUUUGAUAACCGUGAGUAUAGUGUUUACUUUGGGUUAUGCUGAUGGUUCUAAUGGCCGACAUUGGCAAAGGAUUACAACAGAGCAGAUGAUCGGACUAGUAUCAAUUGCUACCGGCUUAUACUGCUAUGAUCGAUGGGGCUCAUGUAGUGUAAAUGUUAAUAGACAAAAGGGAUAA